UCGACGAAGAGGACUCACGUAUUAUGAGUGUCGGCAGACUCUGGAUAUAUGAGGCCCGGUAUCACAUCGAAGUGAAUAGAGUUCCGGCCGGCAAUUGGGUUCUCAUCGAAGGCAUCGAUCAGCCGAUAACGAAGACGGCGACGAUUGUGGACAUGAAAUUUGACGAAGAGUUGCAUAUUUUCAGACCACUUAAAUUCAACACUCAAUCAGUGAUUAAAAUAGCUGUGGAACCGGUCAACCCUUCAGAGUUGCCCAAAAUGUUGGAGGGAUUGAGAAAAUGUAAUAAAUCUUAUCUUCUAUUGAACACAAAAGUGGAAGAAAGCGGAGAACACGUUAUACUGGGAACCGGAGAACUCUAUUUGGAUUGUGUUAUGCAUGAUCUCAGGAAAAUGUAUUCAGAAAUAGACAUAAAAGUGGCCGAUCCUGUCGUCUCUUUCUGCGAGACAGUCGUCGAGACGUCUUCACUCAAAUGUUUUGCCGAAACGCCAAACAAAAAAAAUAAGUUAACAAUGAUUGCGGAACCUCUGGAGAAAGGGUUGGCCGAAGACAUUGAGGGCGAAGUCGUCCAAAUCAAUUGGAAUCGCAAAAAGUUGGGCGAAUUUUUCCAAACCAAAUACGAUUGGGAUCUAUUGGCCGCGCGCUCUAUUUGGCCCCGAUUCGAGGAAGACUUACUUAAAGGUUGCGCUCAUUUCAAGGAAAUGUUCAAUUCUAUUGAGCAAAGACUCGGAACCGAUGAGAAUGAAGACGAAUACAGUAAUAAAAUAUCGUGUAUUCAAUGGUCAGAAUUGCAAACAAUUAUCGCUAAUAUAGCAGAAUUGAGCGCUAGUCUAAAAUCUCUGGCCCUAUCGGCGCCUCAAAUGAUCAAUUAUUAUAAAAAGUCAUCCAUCGAUAAAAUUAUUGUUGAAUUUUACAAUCGACUCUUUCCUGUCCUUCAAAAUGAAUUGAAUUCCAGAUUUGAAUCGUCGGACAGCAGAGAAUUACUAAUGGAUCCAAAUUUUGUAAGCGAUUACUGCAAUCAAUACUCCAUCGAAACCGAUUUGGAAACGCUUUCAAAAGACAGUGAUUUAACUCAAUUUCAAAGUCUGGAUAAGACUCGA